ACUGUUGGCUUUGGUCACAUGAUGGAAACACAAGCGCCUCCUUGUUUGCUACGAGUCUGAGUUUUAUUAAAAGCUACGUGUAUUGUUGACAAAUCGAAACGUCUGAAGUUUUACUCAGGUGACAUGAUAGACAUUUCCUCUUUCACUAUGAUGUAGAUGUAAUUUAGCAUGACAAUGUCGAGCUGCAAGACUUCAGAGUUCACGUUCCAGUCAUCGGUGCACAGUACCCAUGUACUACACUGUCUGGAUGAGCAGAGGCAGAAGGACCUCCUGUGUGAUGUGACAUUGGUGGCAGAGAACCGAAGUUUCAGGGCCCAUCGCUCAGUUCUCGCCUCCUGCAGUGAAUAUUUUAGCACCCGCAUGACCAACCACACAAGCCCGGGACUCAUUAUAAAUUUGCCUGAUGAAGUAACAGCUGAAGGAUUUGAACCCCUGCUACAGUUUGCAUACACCUCAAAACUGCUCUUCACCAAAGAGAAUGUGCUGGAGAUCCAUACCUGUGCCACUGUGCUGGGCUUCAAAAACUUGGACAAAGCCUGCUUUGACUUUAUUUUGCCCAAGUUCUUUGACAGCAGCAAAGGUUCAUCUAAGGUCCAGAGGAAUCAGUGCUGCAAGACCAAAUGCUGGGCAGCCAAAGAUAAAUCAAGCUUUAAAAAUGAUUGUGCUAAUGAUGCUGGUGAUGCACCAUCAGCAACUCAGCCUUUGAAAAAACAGGAGCCGAACAUCUCAAAUCUCAGUGAAAAGGCAGUGAGAACCUGUAGCCCAUGUCAAGUAGAAACUGAGGCAGAUACAGAAACAGAGACUGACUACUCCACACUUUGUCCAAAAUAUCGCAAGUUUCAGCUCGCUUGUGGGAAAGGCCUGUCUAACCAAGACACAGAACCAGAGAACACAGAGAAUACCUGCUCUCUAAAUUGCCUGCCUUGUUCCAGCUUUGAGAAAUGUGAGUCUGCAUAUACUCUGUCUAGCAAAAUUUCAGCAGGGAUCACUGAGGAAGAUGCAGCGCUUUUUUGCUGCCCUUUAGCAAAGCACUCACCAAUUGAAACACCUCUGAAUCUUUGCUCAGGCAAGACAUCUCCACAGAUGUGUCCAGUGACUGCAUCCUGUAGCCUAGGAGGCUCUUUACCCCCUCCUCCUCCUCCUCCUCCUCCUCCUCCUGUAUCUGCUGGGGAAGUGGUUAAAGGUUCCUCUGUGCGAGUCACUGGUGAAGUGUGCACAGUAUCAGAUUGUAAAACUGGAACUAUUUGUCCAAAUCCAAGAAAAGUGCAAAGGAGCAGUGUGGAGAUGGAGGUGGCCAAUCAGCUCAGUGCCUGGCCUGACUUUUGCAACUCCGGUGUCUCAGAGCCUUCUUCACAUGGCCAAGGCAUGACUGUGAAAAGCUCAGAGUUACAAUGGCUUAAACAACUGGAGUGUCCCUUUCUCAGGGAUUUGGGUGCAGUGGAUGCUCAGGUACGACGCAGUGAAGUGACAUCUCACUCAGCGGAGUGUUCCUACAUUUCCUCCAUUCAUUCAGGAGAGGACUCUGAUAGCUUUGACACUGAGGGGGACAGUGAGUCCUGUACUAGUGAGCAAGCAAGUCUGCUUUUUGCACAGAUGCAGCUGCCCUUUUCUGUGGAGGGAAUUGUAUCACUGAGUCGCAACGACUUCCAGCAGAUGCUGAAGACACAGAUGCUGACACGUGAGCAGCUUGAGUUUGUGCAUGACGUGCGGCGUCGCAGCAAAAACCGCGUUGCUGCUCGUCGCUGCCGAAAGAGGAAACUUGAUUGUAUCCACAACUUAGAGUGUGAAAUUGAAAGACUGAGGAGUGAGAAAGAGAAGCUGACUGCUGAGAAGAGACAAUUGGACCAACUGAGGCUGAAGACAAGGGAGAAUUACUCAGUUUUGUAUGACAGGCUGUGUGCUGAGGCCAAACUGCAGCCUGAACAGCUACAGGUGUUUGCCAAGUAUACCUCUUUGGCAGAAUGCCCUUUCUCUACACACCUCUCCACCAAAGCACAGCUUUACCAUCACUCACGUGCUGAGCUCCAGCUCUUGGCAUCCUGCCUUGGCAAUGACACUGGUAUCUAUGAGCCUGGCACCUCCACCAGAUCUGUCAACACUCACAGUCUUGCUGCUUCUAAUCUCCGAUCUACUGAACCUCCACACACAGGGAACAGCGAGACCAUGUCCAUCUCUACAGACCAAAUCAGUAAACCUGAAACAGAUAAAUCAUAAGGUGCUUCCUUUUCUAUAUUUGUAAUUCAGGAACUAUAUUGUCUCCUAAAUGAAGAAAACUAUUAUUGUUGACAAUCAGCAUGUUAGAUUGCUUCAGUAUGUUUGUCUUUAUGGUGGAAGCCUUUAAUGUAUGUUUUCUUUCAAGGUCAGGUUUGUUUCUCAGUGUUUUUAUGAACCAUUUGAAACAAAUGAUGUUUUUAUACUUCUAAGGUAGGUUCCUCUUAAUUAUACUCCCAUGGAAUUACAGUUUAUUAAUUAUGGCAAAGGAACAAGGGCUACAGGUGGCCCAGGUAAAAAUACAUUUUAGGAUUAUUUUCUAAUUUACUGUAUUUUGUUUAUACAUUUUAUUUCUCUCUUAAAAUUGUAUAUACCUUCUUAAAUAUCUGGUAGUUUCAUUAAGGUGUUAGCUUUUUCUUGCAAGAGGCAAGAUUAUUCAUUUCUCUUUCAAGACAAGUCAGUAAAUCAUUUGCUCUUGAGCUUCACUAUACACCGCAUUGACUCCUUUUUACAAAAUAAUACAAUUAAUUUGAUCAGAAUUUUAAAAUGGUUGCUGUACCGAUAUAUUUUUACAUUAAUGUUCAUUGUCAGCCACUACUUCACCAGCAGAUGGCAGCACUUGACUAAUAACAUCAUUGGUAAGAUCCAGCAAUAGUCAAAAGUUUUCAAGCAAAGCUCAAGCAAACCCUUUUAUUUUUUAUCCUGAAAUGUUGUAUAUUUUUACCUCAUUAUAAACUGCACCUUCCCAGGUCCUAAUAUGUAAAGUUUGUAUUUGGUUUUAUAUAUAUAUAUAUAUAUAUAUAUAUAUAUAUAUAUAUAUAUAUAUAUAUAUAUAUAUAUAUAUACAUUCUUACAUUCAUUUUGCAAAGAAGUUCCUAGCUGAUGUAAUAAAGCUGUGCCAUUCUGAACCAGAAAUAUAUUUUUCUAUCCAGGACCAAUGCAGAAUAAAAUAAUGUACAUGUUGUGUUUUAUUAGAAAACAGGAAAUAUAUUUUUUCCAAGAGUUCAAAAUGCAUAAAAACUGGCAAGACUUUUGGUGGCAUGUGUCACUGCUCAUUCUUCCUUGGAUUGAAAUGUGAGAUAAAAUUCAACAGAUGCUGUAUCUAAGGCAGAAUCAGAAUCCUCAGUGUGUCCUGACAGAUUGUUCCCGAACUGUCAUUCACUUGACAUUAGAUGCAAAGAAUAGGACAGAUUCAGAGGCACAUAAUCCACAGUCCUGUUCAUUCAAGAUUAAAAUAUAGAUUAAAUAUUCUGCUUGGGGCACUGAUUAAGAGCAGAUUAGAGGCAACACACUAUUACAGAUGUCUAAACCCAAUCGCGGAAUUAAUCCAAACAGGCUACAAGUUAGGGAGGAAAAAAAAAUCUUAAGCUGGUUUAACAUAAUGAAAAGCUUUCUUGGGUUGAUGCCUGACUCCUAUAAACAAAUAACAAUGUAUAGAAUAUUGAGUCUUCAUGCUUCAGAAUCCUUUGAAUUGCUACACAAUGCUUUAAAUCAGUGGUUCAAUGAAAGUAAGACUUGUCCCAUAAACUGGUAGCCUGUAGACAUUUGCCUCAAAUAAAACAAGCAAAGCUUAACAGAGGAAAUGUGAUACUCUUCGUUAAACACGUAGAAAUACUUUUUGAACUUUUCAAAUACAUGAAUCACUUUCCUUUUAUACAUCGACAAAAAUGUCCUUUAAUGUCUUUUUCUUUAAAACCUCCAUAACCAGUUCAGUGUAAUGCAUCUCUCAGCCUUUUUAAAAUGACAGCUAUUAACAUUGAUCCCAGUUUUUGAAUGCUUAUUGCUUUAAUUACUUUACCAGCCUCAUUAUUACACUGUCCACCUUUUGCCUGACCAAACUAAUGGUAUUUUGCUUCAUAUGUAUGAUGUCUCACUGAUAAAUCUGCAUCAAGAAUUCUCUGACUGUGAUUGAAAGAGCUGCUAAACCCGAUACUAUCCUCCCACACUGCAUUCAUUUUGCAAGUAUUUCUGCAAAUAUUUUGGGUGUUUUCAUGCAGCCAUGAAAGAUGAUUUGCUGUAGUGUAUGUGCUUGCAGGUAGAAAUAUCUGAAGUUAAAUAUCAAUUAGAAGCAGACCCAUGAGGUCAUACUUAUCAAGGAGAGGUUUUUACAUGGGGUAUAUUCACCAACCAGGACUAGUAUUUCAGCAUGGCAGGACCUGUAUUAUAUUUUAAUGGUAUUUAUAAUGUUAUCUAAAGUAAACUAAUCUGUGAACUAAUGAAACUCCACAGAUUACUUCGGAAACAUGAUUGUUCUAGACAUCCAGACAUCUAGUUAUCUUUACUGAAUACUAAACAAAAUAUGUACAGAUUAACUGGAUGAAAUAUACUAAAGUAAAAGAACAAACAAACAAUUAAAAAUAAAAUAACGCAAACAAUCAUAGACUUAGUAUUUUCCACAGAAAUGUAAAAGAGAAGUUGAGGUUUUUUCAGUCUUCAUCCAUCGAGUUUAAGUGAAACUGUUUCCCCUGAAGCCUCAGAUUCCUGUUUUUGGCUGAUAGGAUGGAACCCACUGCGGUCUUCUGCUGUUGUAGACAUUUGCCUCAAGGUUGGACAUGUUGCAUGUAUUUGUGUGUUUCUUGAUCUCUAGCUGUGUAAAACAUGGCACCUUGACAUACCUCUUAAUUUUUGGUGAGUAUUGGAAUAGUCUUUAGACUAAUUUAGAGUAACUUAAUAUUUAAUUGCAUAUCUCUUGCUUGCAUUAAUGCAACCCACAGACAUCACUAAACUGGUGCAUUUUUCUUUUGUGAUGUUUUUCCAGGUUGUACUGCAUCUUCUUGUUUUGGGGUGUUUCUCUAUUCUCCAGUUUUGUUAAGGCCUGGUCAUUGAUUUGUCCAAUCUAAAACCUUUGACUUUUUUCCCUGAUGAAGUCCUUUGUUGUGUUUUGGGUCAUUGUCUUGCUGCAUGAUGUAGUUUCUCCCAAUUAGUCUGUAUGUAUUUCUCCAUGAUUUGGCAGACAGAAUAUUUCUGUAGACCUCUGAAUUUAUUCUCAUGCUACCACUAUGAGUUACUGAUACCACUGAUGAGUGGUUUGAUUCUUUGGGUAUAGCAUCUAUAAUUCUACUCUCAAGGUCAUAUUCAAAUGUUUGAUUGUGAGACCUUCACCCUUCCCAGUGGAGGCUAUUGGUAACGUUAUUGACUGGUGUGUUUGGGAUUUUUCUUUGUCAGCUCUCUCAAAACUGCUGUAGUUUUACUUGUUUAAGCUGUUCAGUAUUUGGUUGUUGUACAUUGACUUCAAAAUGGCUUGAUUUUCUCCCAUACACAGAUUUCUAGUUUUCAUGCUAAGCUUUCUUUUUAACAACAAAUUCAGUCUUCCAAAACAAGCCUGGAUUAGCAUCGAUCUGAGCCCACAAUUGUAUCUACAUUAAUAAUUUUGCCUCAGCUGCCAAAUAUGAUAAUGUAUUAAUUCUAAUUAAUUAAUAUUUGCUUCUGUCUGCUGCUGUUUGCACUGGACCCAACAUGAUUGCAUAAUUUCCCUCAUCAGUAAAUAGGAAAUAUAAUCUGUACUUGCCGUAUUGUUGUAAAGCACAUAGACAGAGGGUAUAUGGCCAAAAGAAUCUGGGCAGCCCACCUAAAUAAAUGAGUUUAGGUGUUACAGCAAAACCUGUUUACAGGUGCAUAGGAUCAAGCACAUAGCCAUACGCACGUUGUUUCAGUGGGUUAUAAAGAGCUAUGUGACAUUUUAGGUUAAAGAUUAAAGCUCUAAUGCUGCUUAGUGACAAUGUCCCUCGUCAAAAACACGACAUAAAUAAAAUUUCAUAGAAUGAAUUACAUGCUAAAUAGAUUUUAUGCUUGUUCAGUAGAAAUGUUUAUCUUCAAGGAGGUAAAAUACAGUAAACACACAUACCUCAGAUGCUUUAUCAUGGAACCACCAUGGCUUUCUCACUAACGCAGAAUCUAAGGGGAUGAUUGAGCUUUGCUGCCCGUGGUUUUGAGUCUGACAGCAUUGACAAAGUUAAAGAAGUGCCUUUGGACAAAGAGUAUAUUUCAAUUGUUAGAAGUUACAGCCAUCUGGAGUGUUUAACUGAGAAUAUACCCCCAACUGGUUUAACAGAUGGAAACUAUAACAGGAGCUGCUAGACCAGGCCCUGCAAUCUGUUCACACUACCUACAAUGCUCUUUUUUCUGUAUGUCUCUGCAGCAUAUGUGCAUCUACAUAGUAUACAGCAAUUGCUCUGCACAUAUCCAGAAUUUGUUUGAUCAGUUAGGCCAGGCCACUGGGUCUUUAGACUCCAAUAAGAGGAAAUAUACGAGGAAUAUUAUUAUAAGAGGAAAUAUACUGAAUUUUUGCACUGACAGAAUUGCUACAGCAUGAUAUAGCAUGCAAUAUUUAAUUUCAUCCUUCAAAAAUGAGUGAAGACUCCUUAAGCAGUUUAUGGUGCAUUCACCCAAGUCUCAGGGCUUUGAUGCAUAUGGCUAGUUCUGAACCUCCUUGAGCAUUUCUUAUCUGCUUGUUUGAAUGGCUUCCUUUAGCUUUUGAAGUUGAUCUCAUUAACUAAAGCUUAUGGAGGAAAUCUAUGUUAAACCAAUGCAUGUGUGUCAACUUAUGCAACCAUGUACAUAAAUGUCUGUCUGCUAGAAAUAAAGAAUUACAUACCAGAGGUUUCAUUUAGAUCA